AGGUUCCCUCCCGCCAUCUCCCCAUCUCUCUCUCUGGGGCCGAACAUCUUUCCAUUGGGUGGUUGGGACAAUGCAGGGCUGGCUGCUCAGAGCCACUUUUCUUCCAGUCCACUUGGGGAGAUGCUGAGGGCGAAGCAGGGAGACCUCCCGGCAGCAGGAGGGAGGCCGCCAGGCCGCGCCACGGAGCCGAGCUGAAGCCGCUCCGUCCGCGCGCAGCAGCCCCUUCCCUUGCGCACAGAGCGAGCCAGGAGCGGGCCUUGGCACCCGCCGCGUAACCUGAGCCCUCCGGGGCCGGCGCGCGCCGCGGGCAGCAGGUGAGUGAUGCUGGACAUGCACCUGGUGCCGCCUCCGGACUGAAGAUUUGAUGAAAUGCCUCUAUUAUGAUCCGGAGGUCCAUGGAGGAGAGCGAGCGGGCGAUACCUGAUCCCCUCCACUCCCGGAGAGCCCGAUUGCUGGAGCUUUUCCUAACCUCCCCAGCCAGACGCCUCUCUCGAAAGGCAGCUUCGGGGGCAGGAGCCAUGGGACGAGGGGGCCCAGGGCUCAGAGAUGGGUAACAAGCAAACCAUCUUCACUCCGGAGCAGCUGGACGCCUAUCAGGAUGCAACGUUCUUCACACGGAAAGAAAUUCUCAGGUUGUUUGACAGGUACCGUGACCUGGCCCCUCAGCUGGUCCCGCUCGAUUACACGAAGAAGCCCAAUGUGAAGCUCCCCUACGAACUCAUUGGCAGCAUGCCUGAGCUGAAGGACAACCCCUUCCGGCAGCGCAUCGCAGAGGUCUUCUCCGAGGAUGGGGAGGGCAACAUGACCUUAGAUGACUUCCUGGAUAUGUUCUCGGUGAUGAGUGAAAUGGCUCCUCGGGAUCUCAAGGCUUAUUACGCCUUCAAAAUCUACGAUUUCAACGAUGAUGACUACAUCUGCAAAUCCGACCUGGAGAAGACGGUGAACAAGCUGACCCGCAAAGAGUUGACCCCGGAGGAGGUGUGCCUGGUGUGCAACAAGGUGAUGGAGGAAGCCGACUUGGACAAUGAUGGCAAACUGUCCCUGGAAGACUUCCAGCACAUGAUCGUUCGAGCGCCUGACUUCCUCAGCACUUUUCAUAUCAGAAUCUGACCCAAACUCCAGAGACCCACCGAGAGCCAGAAACUCUCUUGCUGCUUCUGCUGCUGCUGCCUCUUCUGGAGCUGGAUCAGCGGAUGAGGCCUGGAGCUCCCUCCCCAGGGCUCCUGUCAGGGAGCUGGGGUGGAGCAGACCUUCCUUUUGCCUCUUGCUUAACACAUGGUGCGGUCUCUUUCCAACUUGAUAUAACAAUGCAGCCGGGUUUCUGUCCCCCCCCUAAUCUGACAUACAGAAAGGCAGCCAGCCUUGAAAUAAAAUUCCAGGAAAAAAGCACACCAAGAACUCAGGCCAAUAUAAGUUUCAGUAGUGGGAGUGGUCCCUACUCACAAAUCAAUG